AUGGAAGACAUCAAGAAAAAAGAGAAUCACACGAACGACUCAAAUCUCCAACCCACCAAACGCCUAGGAAAUCAAUCUUGGGAAGGGAAUAAAGCCGGAAAGGAGGCCGUGGCUAUGUAUGGAAAUGCUGGAAAUAUUCCUGCGAAUUCUGAGCAGCAGAAUUUUAAGAAUAAUGAUGUGACGGAUCGGGCGCAGGCUGUGUAUGGGAAUUUGGGUGGGGCGGAGUUUCAUGCGUUUUUUGGUAGGAAGCGCGUCACCCUCAAAAUGGCUGACCCACCGCCGCCGUGCUACUUGCUCAAGAAGAUUCCGGCGGAAUUGCGCAACCGCAUCUACGAACUGACCUUCGCGCCUGAUGACGAACAAAAUGAGGCUGGCGAGGUCAGUCUCUGCAAGGCAAAGUCGCCACCCAAGGACUUGCUUGUGACCUGUCGUAAAAUCCACGGCGAGGCUGCCAAGAUGUACAAGGCAGAGCAUCAGCGCUACUGGAGAAGCACCAAAUUCAAGAUCGACAGAGAUGAGGGAGAAAUGUAUUCUGGCGCUCUUGAUGCGUUAAGGGAGGAAGACCUUGACCAUGUGACCCAGCUUCGCAUCUACGCGAUGUUCUACAUGACAGAGGAGUUCUCAGACGAGGAGGUCGGUUCAGGCGACGAAGACCCUUGA